CCAAUGGAAAACAGUACAGAGGUGACCGAAUUCAUUCUCGUGGGGAUAACGGAUGAACCUGAACUGCAGAUCCCACUGUUUAUAAUCUUCUCUCUCAUCUACCUUAUCACUGUGGUUGGGAACCUGGGGAUGAUGGUGUUGAUUCUCUUGGACUCUUGUCUCCACACUCCCAUGUACUUUUUCCUCAGCUGUCUCUCUCUGGUGGAUUUUGGUUACUCCUCAGCUGUCACACCCAAGGUGAUGGCCAGGUUCCUUAUAGGAGACAAGGUCAUCUCCUACAAUGCAUGUGCUGCUCAGAUGUUCUUUUUUGCAGCCUUUAUCACUGCAGAAAAUUUUCUAUUGGCCUCAAUGGCCUAUGACCGCUAUGCAGCAGUAUGUAAGCCCCUACAUUAUACCACCGUCAUGACAACCAGUGUAUAUACACGUCUGGCCAUAGGCUCCUAUGUCUGUGGUUUCCUGGAAGCCCCUAUCUACACUGGAGAUAUAUUCAGUCUCUCCUUCUGUAGGUCCAAUGUGGUUGAUCACUUUUUCUGUGAUGCUCCUCCUCUCCUGGCACUCUCAUGCUCUAACCACUAUAUCAAUCGGGUGGUUUCAUCUUUUUUGGUGGGCAUCAAUGUCCUUUUUUCUAUCCCGGUAAUCUUGAUCUCCUACCUGUUUAUAUUUACCACCCUCCUGAGGAUGCGUUUAUCCAAAGGAUGCCAAAAGGCCUUUUCCACCUGUGCUUCCCACCUCACUGCAGUCUUCAUCUUCUAUGGGGCAGGCAUCUUCGUGUACUUACAACCCAGCUCCAGUCAUUCCAUGGACACAGACAAAAUGGCAUCUGUGUUCUAUGCCAUAGUCAUCCCUAUGCUGAAUCCGCUUGUCUACAGUUUGAGGAACAAAGAGAUCAAAAGUGCCUUUAAAAAGGCUGUUGGGAAAGCAAUGUCAUCUAUAGGAAUCCUAUUUUAA